GCUGACCAGUGAAGGCGAAACGGAGCAGGAGAGCGAAACAUGGCGACUUCGAACAAUCCGCGGAAAUUCAGCGAGAAAAUCGCGUUACACAACCAGAAGCAGGCGGAGGAGACGGCGGCGUUCGAGGAAGUGAUGAAGGACCUGAGCAUCACGCGGGCGGCGAGGUUACAGCUGCAGAAGACUCAGUACCUGCAGCUGGGACAGAACCGUGGGCAGUACUAUGGAGGGUCUUUGCCAAACGUCAAUCAGCUUGGAAACAGCGCUAUUGAUGUGUCUUUUCAGAACUCAGAGCUGGACAUGAACAGAUCGACGCGACACCACGGCUUGGUGGACAGAGUCUACCGGGACCGGAACCGCAUCGCAUCCCCGCACCAAAAACCGCUGUCAGUGGACAAACACGGGCGCCAGAUUGACAGCUGUCCCUACGGAUCAGUGUAUCUGUCACCGCCGCUGGAUACCAGCUGGAGGAGGACUAACUCUGACUCAGCGCUGCACCAGAGCACACUAACCCCCGGCCAGCAGCUCUCUUUCACUGGAGGAUCCCAGGAGCUCCAGCCCAAACGAGUUCUGCUGCUCAGUGUGCCAGGCUCAGAAGGAGUUAAACUAGAGGUUGAUGAGGAUGGACAAAAACAGGAGUGGGACUGUAAAAAGAACAUGUCAAGGUCCAAGCUGUGCAGAGUUCCUGGAAUCCACAUAUUCCCAUCUCCCGACCAGCAGCUGACCUCCACGCUCAAACCAGCAGCCCACAACACUGGCGGUUCUCUGCCUGACUUGACCAACAUCCAGUUCCCUCCUCCGCUGCCCAUCCCGCUCGACUCGGACGACACGGCCACCGCCUCCUCCUUCAGCCCCUCCAACAGCACACAGAACCUGCAUAACACGCAAGGCGUGGACACCUCUCAGCCGGUAUCCAUGGAGAUGCAGCUCGGGCAGGACGACAUGGUUCCUCUCAUCCUGAACGUAGGAGACUCCCACCAGCAGCAGAACCUCCCGCUCUCCCCAACAUCUCCGCCUCUCUCUCUCUCUCAGACGGCCAUCAACGCGAUGAACCUUGAGCAGCAGCUGUCCCAGUAUGCCUUCUUCAACCAGCAGCUGAUGUCCCAGACUCACCAGAGCCAGCAACAGACAGAUAUGGUCCAGCUGCCAUCCUCGGUGAACUCCUGCUCCACGUUAGACAACCACUCGUCCUCGCAGAGCAACAUGACCAUGGACAUGAACACGCAUAACUCCAUACUGGGCAGCGUGUUCGCAGACUUCUACGACCAGCAGCUCCCGUCCAUUCAGGCCAGUGCGCUGUCGCAACAGCUGGAGCAGUUCAACAUGAUGGAAACCCCCAUCGGCUCCGACAGCUUGUAUAACCAGACCUCCACCCUCAACUACUCCCAGGCGCUUAUGAUGGGUUUGACUGGUGGCCACUGCAACCUCCAAGACUCGCAGCAGCUGGGCUACAGUAGCCAUGGCAACAUCCCCAACAUCAUUCUCACAGUGAGCGGAGAGUCCCCCCCCAGCCUCCCCAAGGACCUGACAGGCUCACUGUCCUCCGACUUCAGCUUCGAUGUCGACUCCCAGUUCCCACUGGACGAUCUCAAGAUCGACCCACUGACGCUUGAUGGCCUGCACAUGCUCAACGACCCAGACAUGGUGCUUGCCGACCCGGCCACAGAGGACACGUUUCGCCUCGACCGGCUCUAACAAACCAAUACGUGUCCAUGCACAGGUGUGUGAACGCUGCUGCCCUGUGGGGGGGUGGGGGUAUUUUUGGAGUAUGUCGGCGAAGGCUGAGCAACGAUUCCACACCAGGCAACAACAGCAACCGAACCCCAAAAGAGAGCUUUUAAAAGAAACACUACUUUAAGAAAAAUGCAUCGACGUGUUUUCUGAAGACUGCUGCCGGCCUCCCUCCCUCCUCCUUCGGUGUGAAUCAUGUUUGAGGUUCCGUCGUCAAACUUUGAUUUUAUUUCAGAUGCCUAGUUUUCAUGAGGGCAGUUUCUGGUGUAUCGUAUCUCCAUCGAUGAAUGACUGAGCCAUGUCCGCAGAGCAAACCCUGAACAAACCAACUCGUCUGUGCAGAGUAGCAUAAUGACUCAGAGGAAGCUCCGGUCAGGAAGGCCCCCCCCCCCCCCCUAUGUGUCACGCGGGUCCUUCUCAGUCGUACAUGCAGUAGUUUUGCGCUGAUCCCUGUGUGGUUUUUCAAGGAGCCAAAGUCAAGUCCAGUUCGAUUCGAGUGAAGAUGUAAAGUCUCGAGACACCAUGAGUCAUCAUUUUGCCACCUUGGUUAUUUUUAGGAAAUGCUGAAGUUUGAGUUUCAACAUAGUAAAUUGCAGUAAAAUGAGUUAUGCAUGAGAUCACAAAUCACUGUGCAUACUUGUUUUUGCCUUAAUAGCUUCAAACGUUUUGGUUUUCAUGCAAAGGUGACUUUUAUGUAAAUGAGAAAAAAAAGGGUCAUUUUUUUGCUGUUUUCCUGGUGGUUUGGCCGACAGUGUUUACAGUUGCGUUAGUGUCGUUGUACUUUUGAGGUGCGCUGAUCUUUAUCCAUAACUUCAUCCAUCGUCACUACACCAGCUCAUCUCUCUCCCAUCAGAUUCACGAUUUCAUAAGAAACAGAUGUUUACAGGCUUGUUUUAUUUGACAUUUUUACAUGAAUGUGAUCAGAUUUUGCGUAAUAGUAUCUAUGCAAAAUUACAGUGAUUGGUUGUAAGGCUGCAACACGAACCAGAGAAAGGGAAUUCUUACGUAGGACGAAGCAGAAGUCUUUGGGAGAACGAGCGGCGAUGGACGGUUUCAUGUUAUAUUUGUGUUGUGACAUUGCUUUGAUAUUAGGGAUGUGUAGAGGAAACAUUAAGGGGUCGGGGCGUGUGGCGUGCGGUAGAAACUCUCCUGGAUUACUCCCAAAGAUGUGACCUCAGUAUAGUUGAGAUAUAUAUAUUUUUCCACACGGUUGAGCAGCCUCUAUGCUAGAACAGCAUUGUUGAUGCAACAAGAAUGUAUUUCGGUCACAUCUGUGCUGUUGUGUUGUUGCCAUGUUGUCAUCCUCAUUGCCUAUCAUAUCGAGCCUUUAUGUCCUGUUGGACCAACACUGGUUGGCCUGUUCAGAGGGGGUGUGGCUUCUGUUUUAAGUUGUAUAUGUGUGACUGUGUUUGUUUCCUCGGCUCUACGGUGACACUGAAUAUCAGCUUCUUCACGUUGUCUUUGCCCUUUUGUUGAUUUGUCUCUCCGUUCUGUGGCCCUGCUUUAAUAUGACUUCAUGCAUUUGCUCCUUUAAUGAGUGAAUCUUUUUUUGGUUCUGUCACAAUUGUGUCCCAAUCAUCAAUACUGCACUUUAUGCAUUUAUUUAACACUGAUUUAUGAGUUUAUACACCAAACCCCUCCAUGUGACUGUUGUGUGCACUUGACCUAUUGGCCCUGUCUUUGAUUAAACUUGCCUUCUUGUAAAAAACACAUAAAAACAAAACAGAAAUAUUUGAAAUAAAAGUGAGAGUAAAUUAUAAUUAUUUUUGAAAAGUCAUAUAUAGAUAGUCUAUUUAAAAGAGCUGUUUUUACUUAAUCUGUGAGUAUUUUGUUGGCUGUCUGCUGUUACACAGAUUUUUCCUAAAUUUUGGAAAACCUUUUUAUUUUGGGACAGUGGUAAUCAGAGUUCUGACAAGAGGUUUCAGCUCUUUCUGCUUUUAAUAGCAAGUUGUACUUAAUGGAACUAAAUUAGCUAUUUAAAAAAAUUAUUUAAUUUUUAAUUUAAAAGUUAAAUUAAAAGAUUAUUAUUACAAUAUUUAAAGAUACCGAAAUAGUGAGAUUUCUCAAAACGUAAAGGGAAUAUUACUGAUGCAGUAGCAGGACACUAUCAAUCAAUCAGUCGCUGAAAAGUAUUUUAUAGAAUCUAUAUAUAAAUAUCCAUAAAAUUUGUAUAAAUCCUAUAGUAUACAUCCACAUCCGCUCAAUAUUCCACCUAAUGAUUAAUUCUGUUCUAUAGCUGCUACUUUGUGUCCGUUUAUAUGUGUCAUGGUCCCUCUGUGUCGGCGAGUUUCACCUUUAUUCUCACACACGUGUGAAUCAAAUCAUGUCUGUGAGACGUGGUCAAAUCAGAUGAAAUUUUAUCGUGACCUGGAAGAUUAUUUUAUUUCCUUUAAAAAAAAAAAGAAAUAUUUAAAGUUCUGAAUGCAUCGUGUUUCUGAUUCCUGAUGCUGUUUUUUUUGUGUGUUUGUUUGUUUUGUGACUGCAUGACUCACUGGACAUGUUACCCCCUUAUGACUUUAGUUUUUAUUUCCGUACAAGGUUGCGUUGAGCUUUGUGCGUCUAAGUGUUUUGUUUUCCUUGUGUGGUAAAACUGUCUUUUGUCUCUCUCUUUGAUUCUGAGUCACGGUCGGCUACGUGAACGCUGUGUGAAGCCUGAAAGCGUCAGAUUUAUGGUAAUCAGCCUUUUAUGCACAUGUAGAAGCUGUCACUCGGUACUAUCUUAGGCCUAUGUUUUACUCUGCAAUUUAUAGUAUGUGUGCUUAUUUUCUGUUUUGCACCCGCGGGGAUUUUAUUAUGUCACGGUAUAGACUAGCUUUGUAUAUUGCUAUUAUAGGAACGAUGUUUUUUCGUGCUUCAUGUGAUAUGAUGUCAAAGUGAGAAAAUGCACUGAGAAAAUACUGUGUUGCAAUAUAUCAUUGUGGCUCUAUAUUCUCUGCUGGACCUCAGACUUUAUGGUGAGCCUGACGUCUUUGUAGGUCCAUUUACUGUUUUUAUAUUUUCUUUUCUACUUUUCUGUUGUCAUGUAGAUAGCUCCGACCGACGUGUCGCCUGUUACUGCCACCUUUUUAUGCAUCAACGUUCAGGUAUCCAUUGGUGUUAACGCCAGUGUUUACAAAGAAAUAGUUUACAGCAGAGCGAUAUUUGUUUUUCUCCUCAUAAAAUGUGUCAAAGUAGUUAAACACUGUAUCUACAAUAACAGACAUUUAUAAAACACCACAUAUGAACUACUACAAUAGUGAAUAAGUAAUGUUAUUUCAAUAAGCCCUGAAAGCACUUUUUAUUUAAUUUACAGACUUGCUAUCAGAUGUUAUUUUAAGAGAAAAGAUUCUAUUUAGAUUUUAUUGAAUUUAUCUUUAAUGUAGGUCUGUCAUCAACACUGUAUAUUCUUUUUUUUGCAAUUAUGCCAAAAAGCCAAAGUUUAAAAUCAGCCAUAAAUGAGAGGAAAUGUUAUGUAAUUCCAUACAUUAUCGAUGACUUUAUCAAUGCAUUAAUUAUUGGACAUAGUUACUGAAAACCAGGCAGCACAACUUAGAGAGUUGUGACUGAUGGUCCGUUAGCUGGGAAAUCUCUUUUCUGCAUGACACUGACUUCAAAAAUAUGUCAGAAAAGAAAUUGACAUGUUGCAUUUUGCUUUUAAAUGAUUUAAGUUUUGCCUUUGUUUUAUAGAUCUGCUAUCAAACACUAUUUUCAAGUGAAUAUAACAAUACCUUGUCAGAGGAAUAACAGACAUACAGUCAGAAUUAACAUUAGAAAAUAGCAGAUACAAAUA